AUGCCAGGACCGCCCACUCCUAUUCCCACAGACCCUGACGCCAUCUUGCCUGAGAGCGAGGAGGUGGGUUUCCCGCAGGUCAUUGCGAAUCUCAUCGUCGUUGAGGUUGCAUCCCUGGCGAUUCGCAGCGACACACGACGUAAUCCCCUUGCAAACGGUUAUGACCUCGCCAUCCCGCCCGCGACUUACGACGAAGCCAUGCGACGCCCGGAUAGUGACCAUUGGCUAGCUGCAAUGAGGAAAGAGAUCAAUCUGAUGUCAGAAAUGAACGUUUAUGAGUUGAUGCCCUUACCUGCGGAACGACGAGCGAUCGGGUGUCGAUGGGUGCUCGAGUUCAAAGAAGACUUGAAGGGGGGAUCGGUCUUCAAAGCUAGGUUAGUU